AUGAUUGCUCAGAUUAAUGCCAUGUAUCAGGGAUCGAAAACAUUGUUCAUCUUUCUUGUUGCAGCCUUACUAGCUUCUACAAUCGCCUCCAGAGUUAUGAUGGUCAUUGCGAAUCUGGGUGUUUCAUCGCAGAAGGCUGUCCUUUCCGGCUUCCAUACCUGCAUUACCAACAUCGACACGGACACGAUGAAUCUGAUUUACGAGAGUGUGAUAUCCACUGUUGUGCGGGAGAUCCUCGUCUUGUUUCUUGCAGUCUGGAUUGUUAUAAAGCACUUCCGUGAACUACGACAAUCGCCGACAGGAUCGACCAUUGGGGACUGUUUCACGAUAUUAAUAGAGAGCCACACGUUCUACUUUCUAGCGUGA